CGAGAGUAUUUUUUAAAUGCUUGAUUUAAUGUUAUUUAUAUUUUAAUUAUUUAUCUUUUGUUAUUUUUGUGCCUAUAAACAUCAUCCCGGAUUUCAUGUUAAAAAGUAUGCAGCAAAAUGGCUCUUAAAUCAUCCCCGAAUAAAAUCCCAAAUUCAAAUCACGAAAAUGAUCCAAGCGAAACAGAAAAAGAAGCAUCGUCACAAAAUAAUACACAAAGUACUAGAAGAAAAUUCAAACCAAUUCAAAAAAAGAACAGAAAGAAAAGUUCAAAUAAGUCAACGCCAUGUCCAAACCCUCGAACUCAAUCUCACGCCAAAAUGCCAAUGGUACCGAUGGUACCACCACCAGUUGUACCUGUGUCAAACAUGGCAGCCUUUUACGGUGGUCAAAAUUUGAUGUAUCCUGCUCCUUACCCCCCCUGGGACGAAGCUGCAAGAUGGGGGUUCCACAGUCCAUUUUACAGAUUUCCAUUUCAGCCUGUGCCUAUGCCAAUGCUCCCACCUCCUCCUGUGAUGUUCCCUCCUGUUUGCCCAUACUCUGGGGGAUAUCCCUAUCCUCCACCGGCUAUCGUGCCAAUGGUACCACCUGCAGUUGUCAUCGAAGAAAUCGUACCUAUGCCUCAGUGUCACCAGAAUCAGAACUACUAUUCGCCUGAACAAACCGCGCCAAAUGAACUGGGUGAGAGUUAUUGCGAGUUUGAAAAUGUUAAUGAUCCACCAUUUUAUGAUGCUAAGGACAGUCUUAUUGGACGUCCCAAGGAUCAUAUAGACUUCUGUUUGUCGUUGCCAAAAGAUCUGUUUCCCAGUGCGAUGAUGCUACCGCUGGAUCCGAAUCUAAUUAUAGAUGGAUUUUGCAGAUAUGGAGAAGUUCUAGAUCAUGCGCCGUGGAUCAUGGAUUUGGAGUUUGGUGUACCCAGAGAGGCCACAACUCGUACAAUAGCUAUAUACGAUGUGAAGUACAAUAGUAUACAUUGCAAAAAUACUCCAGACGCGAUUCAUCCUGGUUUCGAAAGCUGUGAUCCAGAGUUUAGAAACUUGUUAACAUUUUACUACGACUGUGUGUUUUCAACAUGGUACCGAAGUUAUAUCACAUUGAAUCAAGACAGAUCAGUGGAGAAUUUCCAAUCGUGGUUGAGUACGCCUAUGCAGGAGUUCGGGAUGUGUUGGCUCUAACAUAUAAUGCAUGAUUGCAUGGUUUUUAAAAUAUUAAUGAGGUAUGUAGAUCAAUUUUAAUAAUAAUGUGCCUGAUUGUAAAUGAAUUUAUUUUUAGUGUUAAGAUUUAAUUUUCAUUCCAAUCCAAUUUAUUCUGAUCGUGCUACCUAGACCGAUUUUAACGAACCUAUUUUAAAUAAAAUAAAUAAGUUAUUACAAGCACAUAAUUAAGUGUUUA